CCCCUAGUGCCGGCCAACGCGUAAAAUGGCUCCUCGCCGCGCUCACUCCGCGUAACACGGUGCAGGUUAUUUACGAUGUCGGGAAACCUGUGUUAGCAACUUGCUGUAGAGCUGAAGUAGCUCACUAGGCGGCCACCGAGUCAGUCAGUCAGUCAGUGUAUCGUCGCGAGGGGCAGCAGCUCGCGCGGUGACAUUACAUCAGCGCUGGGUGGGAAUAGCAAAGCAGCGGCAGCAGCUAACCUUGCCCAGGUGCCCGAUGAUGAUUAGAAAUGGUGCCUUGCCAAACCCAUGUGAUGCUGAAGUGGCAGGAGCACCUGAACAGCUCCUGGGCAGCGGAGGACGGCGUCCGGGCAGCCACUCGCCUCGGUGCUGCCACUCUCUAUGCUAAGCUCCUCCAGAACAAGGAGGUGGUGGGGCUCGCGCAGCCAGUGCAGGACCUCAUUGGCCCAAGGCUUCCAGACUUCCAGUAUGAGUCCAGCGCAGCGGAGGAGCGCGAGUGUUACCUCGCAGCUCUCCUGCACAGCCAGCGUUGCCUGGCCCAGCGUGCCCUGGCUCACGCGCCCUAUGCCCUCUCCCUGCACCACAGGCUGGCUGUCCUCCGACGCGUGUACUAUGCCCUGCACAGCAAAUACCACGACCGCUUCCGUACUGCCCCGCCAUCCCGUGGGGUGUCCGGCGCCGAUGGCGGAGCCACCGAACCUGCCUCGGAGCCCUGGGUCCCAGGGCCGAAGACGAAGUCCGGCACGGACGUGCUCAUCGAGAUGGGUGUGAGGACAGGCCUUAGCCUGCUAUUUGCCCUCCUGCAGCAGAACUGGCAGCGGGCUCGUCUGGAGCCCGGUCUGGAACUGUGCAGUGACGUGCUGGCCACUGCGGCGUCCGUGCUCUCCUCUCUCCCGCCGCUUUCGCUGGCCAACGAGAGCAAGAUCCCCCCUGUCGGCCUGGACUGCCUGACACAGGUGUCCGAUUUUUUGAAGAGGACGUCUGUGAGUGGCUCGGGGGCGGACCGGGUGGGCCGCAGGCUGGCUCUGGAGCUGCUACUGGGCUUGGCAGUGCAGAGAGGCUCUCUGCGCUUCCUGUUGGAGUGGAUGGAAGUGGCACUGGCUGCCGCGGGAUCGGACUCUGAGGGGGGGAUCGGCCAUCAAGUGAUCCAUCAGACCUUGGUGCAAAUGAGGCAGUGUGCGGGCGUCCGUGGUGACUCCGUCAACACUCAGCAGCUGAAGAAGGAUGUAGAUGGACACUGCAGCCUUACACACGUGACGCUCUGUCUCUUUGAGGAGAUAUGUAACCUGGCAUCCAACUGUCUGUGCUACUGUAGCACGGGCUCUUCCUCGUCCGGUGGGGAAACUGACACUGUCCUAGUAUACGUGUGGGGCAGCAACAGCAGCCAUCAGCUGGCUGAGGGCACGCUGGAGAAGAUUUUGCAGCCCAAGCUGGCCCAGGGUUUUAAUGAUGCCCAAAUGAUCGAAGCAGGGCAGUACUGCACGUUCUCGGUGUCAGCCGACGGCUCGGUGAAGGCCUGUGGGAAGGGAAGCUACGGGCGCCUCGGACUUGGCGACUCCAAUAACCAGUCCGUGCCUAAGAAACUGGUACUGGAUCCACCCCGGAGCAUGCGUAAGGUGUCCUCCUCCAAGGGCUCAGACGGCCACACGCUGGCUGUGACCGGCGAGGGCGAGGUGUUCAGCUGGGGGGAUGGAGACUAUGGCAAGCUGGGCCAUGGAAACAGCGCCACUCAGAAAUAUCCCAAGAUCAUCCAAGGACCGCUGCUUGGCAAGGUGGUGGUUUGUGUCUCGGCUGGAUACAGACACAGUGCGGCCGUGACUAAUGAUGGCGAGCUGUAUACCUGGGGAGAGGGGGACUUUGGCAGGCUUGGUCACAGUGACAGCCACAGUCGAAAUGUCCCCACCUUGGUGAAGGACAUCAGCGGUGUGGGCCAAGUGGCUUGUGGCAGCUCUCACACCAUUGUUGUGUCUCAGGACGGGCGCACCGUGUGGUCUUUCGGAGGGGGAGACAAUGGUAAACUUGGCCAUGGAGACACAAAUCGUGUGUACAGGCCCAAGGUGAUAGAGGGGCUGCAUGGGUACAUCGUCAGGAAAGUGUGUGCUGGAAGUCAGUCCUCUCUGGCUCUGACCUCUGCGGGCCAGGUGUUUGCAUGGGGCUGUGGUUCCUGUCUGGGGUGGGGAUCUUCUGAAACGACAUUGCUGAGGCCCAGGAUCAUUGAGGAGCUUAGUGUGACCAAGAUUAUUGACAUCUCCUGUGGGGACAGUCACUGCCUAGCCCUUACUCAUGAAAAUGAAGUGUAUGCCUGGGGCAACAAUGCCAUGGGUCAAUGUGGGCAGGGUCAUACGUCAACACCAGUGAACAAACCCAAAAAGGUCAUCGGUUUGGAGGGGGUGUCUAUCCAACAGAUCACCGCUGGAACCUCCCACAGUCUGGCCUGGACCGCGGUCCCCACUGAUAGGCAGCUUGUGGCUUGGCACAGGCCUUUCUGUGUGGAUCUUGAGGAGAGCACGUUUGCUUAUUUGCGGGGCUUCCUGGAGCAGUACUGCGAUGGGAUCAGCUCUGACACUCCUCCUGCCCCCUUCCCCUCUAAGAGGGAACACCAUCAAUUCUUACUCCUGUGCAUGAAGCUACUGUCCAUACAUCUUUCCUUGGCCCACGCGGGGGGAACAGGGGCCACUGUGCUUGGGGCCCAGGGGAGGCCUCUACGAAACCUACUCUUCAGGCUUAUUGACUCCAGCAUACCUGAUUCCAUUCAACAGGCUGUGAUGAGCACGUUGUCCAUUGGGGCCUCGCUGCUGCUACCCCCUCUCAGGGAGAGGACUGAGCUCCUCCACUCUCUUCUACCUCAGGGCCCCGAGAGCUGGGAGAGCCUCUCUAAGGGCCAGCGUUUGCAGUUGGACAUGGUUUUGAACAGCCUCCAGGAGCAGUCGCAUGUAGCAUCUCUGCUGGGCUACAGCUCUCCAGGGGAGCUCACCAGCGGGAUCCCGGUCGCAACCCCUGCUGAUCAUUCUUCAGGGAGUCCAGAAACUCACGACCAGCUGCACCUGGCUGAGGUCCUGCUCAAGACUCUGCUCCUGAGCAUCGGCUUCUAUACGGAGCGUGCUUUCGGCGAGCUGGAGAAGAACAGCGAUAAACAGCAGGCCAGCCGGGCGGAAGGCCAGACGGAGCCACCCUCACACUUCCACCACCUUCUGUCAGCCUUGCAUAAACACCUUCUGGCUCACUGCUAUAUCCAUAACAACACAGAGGAUGACAGGAGUGCGACUCUCCUCCACAAACACCUGUGUCUGCUGUUGCCGUACUCUGCUGAGACCUUCAGAAGGUCCACAAUCCUGUUGGAAGAGAGCUCCCUAGAUAAGCACGUUAUCAAAAAGCUGCACAUGGUGUUGUACAGCUCGGUGGCGGGGAGCCUGCUGUGCCAGGUGGUCUAUUCCCUCCUGCUCUUACCCCUGCAGGUGGUUAAGCCACUGCUGCCCAACCUACUCUCCCUGCUGGAGCACCUCAAUGAGCUCAACUGCUUCCUGCCGGACACCGUGAUGCUAGAGGAGCUGGAGCUGGAAGGAACCUCCAUAGAAACAUCGGAGGGAUCAGUGUUUGUGCGGGAGGCCGAGGACUGGGUGUGGCUGCUGGACUUGGAGAGAACAGUUGCGCUAGUGAUCGGACGCUGCCUUGGAGGGAUGUUACAAGGACCGGCUCCCUCUGUUCAGGAGAACUCUGCAGAGUUCUGGCUUCAGAACCCCCUGCUAAGGAACGGGCUGGAGAUGGACUUUGAACAGCUAGAUUCUACCAUGAACUGGCUGACUGAGGCCAUCCUGUUGGGUUGCACCGAUGCCAGGCUGUGCAACCUGAACCUGAGCGAAGAGACUGGCAGGCUGGUUGAGCUGGCACUGGGCACCUCUAGGCAACCUGCCAGUGGGCUAUGGAGGAGGAUGAAGGAGUAUGCUGUCAGCAGAGACUGGGACACUGACGCUCCGGUUGGGGAUUCCCUGCUGGAGACGGCCUGCCGCUGCAGCCUGGCGGCUCUCCUCAAACACACUGGUCUGCAGGAUGAAGCCUAUUGGCAGGACAAAUAUGAACCCUGCGAAAUGCUGAUCGAAAUCUACCAGAUGGUUUAUAAGGUCCGAAGUACCCUGUUGUCAUAUAAGGACUCUCCAGGCACCUCUGCAAAUACACAGACGCCAUCUGCCACUAAGCCGACCUCCCUGCUUUUCCAGAGUCCAAGCGAGGAGAAGAAGGAGACUAGCGUCAGCGUCUCCGGCGAGAGGGCAGCGAAGGACGUGGAACUGAGCAGUGCAAGUACCGCUGCUGAGCAUAACCAUGAUGAGGCCCUAGAGGAGGACACCCCCAGCAUCAGCAGUAUGUACCUUCCGGAGGUGCUGCAGUGCUUCCUAGCCACACGUGAGGCCAUGCAGCUUCAGCAGAACGAGACAGUGUACGAGUCCUCAGGAACAAGCACGCUCCCGAGCAGCACCGAGAGCCCUGGCACCCCAGAGAGAGAGCCUCCCCACCAGCACUGGGACCGGAGACGCGGCUCAGAAGAAGGGCUGUCCUUCCCCGCUGCCUGUCACCUGGUGGUGUCUCGCUGUGUCUUCCUGAUCCUGGGAGUACGAGCUGCAUGGCAGGAGCCAGACAAGCUUGAAGACUUGCAAAUGGGAAGCACUGGGCUCAGGAGAACAGGCUCCAUCAGUGAAAUGCAGACGUUGCUCAGCCCAAAGGCAGUUCAAGCUGAAAGUACAGGCCAAGGGGAAAAAGAAGUUCUAGACCAAUCCAGAAAUGUAUCUGGAUCCUUUAAGAACAAAAUGGGCCUGCCGCUCUGCUCCCUCGGUAUAAUGAAAGAUGCCUGGGAGCGGCUGCGCCAGUGCAUCAGCCCCACCACCCCGCUCUGCCAGGGGGUCAGCUCCCCAGUGCUCAGCCAGGUCUUCCAUUUCCUGUGCGGGAGCCUCCUCAAGACCUCCCCCCUGAUGGAGCGUGAGGCGGUUAGCCAUGCUGACCCCAAGGCCAUCACUCAGGCUAUGGCACAGCAGCUCCAAAGGGCAGAGGUGCGCCUGGAAGCCCUGUGCCAGAUCUCCUCUUUCCUCUCUGAGAUGGAGCAUAAGAGCGGUAGCUCGACCACACCGCCACGUUUUCCCGGCCUCCUUCAGUCGGUUCAACUCCAGUUCCUCUCCGGUUGCUUCGGUCUGAGCACGCCCAUGUCUGGCAGCCUGUCAGAUGGAACUGAGAAAAUGCAUCAUUAUAGCUCAGGUACACACUCCGCGCAGAUGUCUGUCCGACAGCAACUUCAAGCUGCGGCACAUACCCUCUACCAACAGGUGGUCCGACUGUUGCGUGAAAAGGUUAUAAUAGAGAAGGAGCAAACAGGGUCCUACCAGUAUUUACUUCUUGCAAUGAUAUUUGCACUGAACUUCCACUACCAGCCUGAGGAUCUGGAAGUUAUUUUGAGGUGCGCUGUCCUUGAGAUUUUGUCUUCGCUGACGGAUAACACCUGCGUCCUGAUGAACCAGCGAUGGCUGGCUGCCUCUGUGUCCGGGCAAAUGUUGCUGAGUGGUGCGGUUAAACUGGCAAGUGCCAGGUUACUACAGAUUCUCGCUAUUUCUGCCAGCUCCUGUGAGGACGCCCUGUCAAUAGAUGUGCUGCAGGCCCUGAUGAAUGUGAUGUGCCAGCAGCUGCAAGGUCUCCUUCGCAUGGUCCACCAGCACGAGGCGCUUGAACUCUGCGCUUUGGAUGGUGUUGACCAUGGUGCGGAUGGCAAAAAGCCUAAGCAAGACAAAAUACAGACAGUGCGGAACAGUCGUGUUGUCGAGUCCCAGCUGGCCGACUUCCUGGUGUUCUUACGGCGCAUUGUGCCUCUCAGGGGAACCAGGAGCAUCUCUGUCUUCGUCAAGUGGAUCGAUCCACUCAUGACCAUCGUGUCUCCCAAAUGCAACUCAGGCUCCCCGCAUUUCAGGAACCUAAGAACCAAACUGCUUGCCUUUCACAUUUUAGAAGCUUUGCUGCCCAGCUGUUCAGAUCCAACACAAGUGAAGCAGAUUGUGGAUCAGUUGUUUGGGCUUCUCUCAACAUCUAUGUGGGAAGAGCCUCCAGAAGUGAACAAAACACGGGAGAAAAGAGACGAGAACUCCAUGAUAGGAACCAAAAGUGGGGAUGAGUGUAUUCCCAUCGGAGACUUUUCGUUUGACCCAUACAAGCUAACCUGCUGUUCUCUUGAGAGUGGCAAUGUCCUUUCACAUGGGUCUGGUGGGAAGGGCUAUGGUUUAGCCACGACCUCGAUAACAUCGGGCUGUUUUACUUGGAAGUUCCACAUCACCAAGGAGAACAAGGGCAAUGAGGGCACCUGUAUCGGGGUCUCUCGCUGGCCCAUCCGGGACUUCAAUCAUCGCACUACCACUGACAUGUGGCUGUACCGCGCCUACAGUGGCAGUUUGUACCACGGUGGUGAGCUGAGUCGCGUCCUUCCGUCCUUCACCCAGGGGGACACCAUCACGUGCGUCCUGGACAUGGAAGCCCGUACCAUCUCCUUCGCAAAGAACAACAAAGAACCAAAGCUGGCAUUUGAAGGUGUUGACGCUACCGAACUGUACCCAUGUGUGCUUUUCUACAGCAGCAACCCUGGAGAGAAAGUGGCACUGUGCGAUCUGCAGAUGCGAGGGAUGCCCAGCGACCUCCUGCCUGGCGAGCCCCUGUGUAGCCCCCGCAAUACAGUCAUGCUGGAGGCCACCGUGCAGCUGCUGCGGCGCCUCUACCAAUGUGACAUCUGGGCUGCCCACGUUAACCAGUACAUGCAGAGCCGGCUGGAUCUCAUCAGACCCCUUAUCCAGGAAGGGGCCCUGGGCAGCACAGUUGGGAACUUAAGUAAGGGAGGCCCGGAGGAGAAGGAUAAAGUGCACGGGGAGCUGACAGGUGCCCCUGCACGAUCUUGGGACGCAGCGUUGGGGCCGUCGGCUCUGUCGGAGUCACAGCUGGAUGUCCUGUGCCGAGAAGUCUGGCCAGUCCUCGCUCUCCUUGGUGGGGUGGACAGUGGCCUCCGCGCCGGGGGAUUGUGUGCGCACAAGCCCAGCGGCCGACGAGCCGUUUUGCUUGGGGUGCUGAAAGAAGGCAGUGCCCUGGCCAAGCUCCAGUGGGAGGAGGCCGACCUUACCAUCAGCUUCCUGAAUUCUUGGUCACCCAGCGACACCCCACUCUCCUCCCUGGAGCCUGCUGAUGCGUCCCAGUUGGAUGUUAUGCGAUUCAGAGGCCUGAAACCUUCUGUCUUGUUAGACCUGAUCUUUCUGACGGGGAUGCUGCAGGAACAGGAGGUGGAACGCCCCCGGUACCUGCUGCUCAGGGAGGGUCGCACGGAGGCAGGCCCUCAGCACGAACUGGAGCGCAGGCUCGACGAAGACAUUGCUCGUGUUGUACUGGACGAGGAUGAGAGGCCUGGUGGGCCGAGUGGCGGAACCCGGCCGGAGCCCCCUGACGGAGCAGAUUCUUUUGCUGCAGCCAAGGACCUCCUGGGGGAAGAUGAGGCCACUCUGCCCCCUGUGGGGGCUUCCCAGCAGGCCAGAGCAGACAUCUUUGCCCUUGAACUGCGUGCCGUCCGUGUCUCCUACCUCUUACUGGGUGCCUUAAAGUCCCUAUCAAUGAUGCUGAGCUGUGGGAAGUUUUCUGAUAUGCUCCUGCUCCCCAGGGCCGAACCAGCCUGUCACGGAAGUCCCAGCAUGACCAAGGGCACUACAGGCUCGGUGGAGAGCGCCGAGUUGCGGCCAGUCCUCCACUUUGUCAUUCGAAGCAUGGUUAAGUGGGCUGUCCGGUCCUGCCCGAUCAAACAGAAGGCGUCACUAGCUGACCUGGAGAGGGCUCAAGUUAUGAUCUUCAAAGGGAUAGUUGGCAGACUACAGGAGGACCCUAGUGCUAAAGAUCAAAAAGAACCGGGACACAAUUCCAACUCCCAGUCAGUCUCCAAAUCAUCAAGCACCAUGUCUCUGUACAGCAACGGCUCUGAGGGGACAACCAUAUUUUGCCCGUCCAACGGGGAGUCCGCAUCCUCCUCCAGUAAUGACCUGGCUACCUCCCUGCUCUCUGCACUGCAGACUGACGGCCUGGAAAACUUCAACCCGUUCCUCCCCAUCAAUCUCCUGCAGCGGAUGGUAUUGGCACGAUUCCCCACCUUGACCGGCUUGGUAAAUAACCCAGUGUUGCAUCCAGGCUUAAACUUGGCCAGCUCUAUAUCCUGUGAGGGUUUCUCAGAACCACAUCCCAUCUUCCUGGAGGCCACCGCUACCAGGAACCAAGGGGAGCAUCCUCAGAUGUUUGUCCCCGUACGGUUGCUUGAAAUGGGCUUCUCUAUGAGACACAUCUACAAGGCCAUGGAAGCAGCAGGGGUGACCGGGGAGGUGGACCCCCACACGAUCGAAAUUCUGGCCAGCUGGAUGCUGGAGCAUCCUCUGACAGAUGAGCAGCAGGUGGAUGAGGGCCCUCCCGCUGGAGGCACCAACAGCUUAUCCCCUGAAGGGCCACAGACUGUGCAGUGCCCCGAGUCUCCGACCACCAUUACCAUGCCAGAGAGCAGUGAGCCCAAUGAGAGUCUGCUAGCUGGUCUAGAUCUGGUGGAAAGGGAGAGCUUCUUGGACGUUCACUUGACCAGGAACAGGCCUCCGCCUGCCCGUCGCAAUCGUGCAAGCUUCGGCCAGAGGUCCUCCUUCAGACGAGCUGACUCACCGUCGCCCAGUCCUAUCCCACCGCUCUUCAGACAAGACCCGGGGGUGCUGGACUGGCCGGAACAGGCAGAGACGCACCCUUUUGCAGCAGAGGAGGACUCUGAGCUUGGGUAUAUGGACGAUACCUACCAGGAGGAGCCGUAUGAAGAGCUUCUUACCCCUGAAUUCAUCAACUCUGAGAGGGAUACACUCUGGAUGGUGGAGGGUGGCGAGGAUCCCCCUGAGCCCCACGAGAUGGUGGAGUGCGAGCUGUGUGGCACCCUGACGCUUCAGUUCAAUCAACACAUGAAGCGCCAGCAUCCAGGCUGCGGGCGGAGUGCUGGGCGGCGAGGGUACCGCAGCAAUGGUGCCUAUGUGGAUGGCUGGUUUGGUGGGGAGUGCGGUUCUGGCAGCCCCUACUACCUGCUGUGCAGCUCUUGCCGGGAGAAAUACCUGGCCGCCAAGCUGGGGGAGCUCGGCUCCAAACCAGACAGAAUGAAAAGUCUGGCUUCCGGAUUGAUCGGAAGAUUUGACAGCACUUCUGACGAUGAUUGGGUCCUGGGAGAACAGGAGGAGUGUGAUGCAGAUAAGUUAACAGGGCUGGAGGAAUUUGGGGUUCUCUUGAGGCCUCUGGGUCUGAGUGAGAAGAAGCUGAUCCCAGACCCCAUCCCAUUCAUGGAGCAUGAUCCUCUGGGGGCGCUGGUCACCAGCAACAUCAACAACGACAAAGCCAUCUUUUAUAAAGGGGUUCUUGUGACAGAAUCAAAGGGUUCCCCAGCUCCCCUAAGUUUGGGGGAACAAGCUGCAUCCCUGCGGGACCCUCAGGACCGGCUACAGGCCCUGAAGCGAGUGACCAUCACUGCACAAAUUUUGCUUGCCUAUAGCAUGGUGAUGAAUGCCCUCUCUCAGAUCUCCACAAGUGCCACUCUCUGCAGUCAGUCGUGUGGACUGGAGGCUCUUGGUCUGGCAGACAUCCGGAUCCUGGUGCGCCUGAUGUGCCUGGCCGCUGCAGGGAGGGUCCACGCAACCACAGAGCUGAUGAGCUCUGACCGCAGCUCGACAACAGAGCCCUCGGGCUCCGCCUUCCUUAGCUUCCUCAGCUCUGCCAUCGGGUGCCUCGUGUCCAGUAGCCCUGCAGCCUACCGUGAGCUAGUGGACAUCUGCACUCAGGAUCUGAUGGCAGCAGCCACAGGUACGAACAUCGGGGCAAUCAGCGACCCUCAACAGAGAGGCCGUUUAAGCUGCACAUUCACAUUGGCACCACGAGACUGCAGAGAGGCCACAUCUCCCACCUUCCUGGUGACCCAAAGCCUUGUGUCCUUGCUGACGGAGAAGGGGAUUCGUUACCGAUACAGGUCUGAGAGAACCGACUCUGAGUCUAAAGAGAGUGGUACAGGUCCUCCGCCCCCUCAGGCUGUGACUCGAGUGGGACCCCUGGAGCUGGCCAAUGCACUUGCUGCUUGCUGUCUGUCAGCCAGGCUGACCAACAGUCACCGGCAGUGGGCUGCCCAGCAGUUGGUUCAGGCCCUGGCUGCCUCGGAGAGCGACAGCCCCAUCCGGCCGCAGACCUACAGUGACAUGGCUGGGGACCUGCGUAAAUGUCCGGUGAAAAAGCUGGAAGGACACCAGAGCAGGGUGACGAGCUGCAGCUGGAGUAAUGAACAAGGCCUACUGGUCACUGGAGCUCAGGAUGGAUCCAUACGACUUUGGGAUGUUUCCCGCACGACAGCAAAACUCCACAGUGCUCAUACUAGUAGCAUCAGUGACCCUAAGCAGACUUCAGAGAGCAUGGGAAACAGCCAGUGUGUGUCUCCAGUGGGCUGGAGUGCAAGAGGCACCUUUCUUGCUGCCUUCCAGAACAAGCUGAUCAACCUUUGGGCUGUAAAUGGUUCACAAGGUCACGUGGAGGUACAGCCGUCUUGGGUCACUGCUAUGUCCUGGGUGCAGACGUCCACCCCCUACUCGGGCCACGGUGCAGCAGGCCAGGCCAGCGCUGCCGAGAGUCUGCUGGUGGGCCGACUGGAUGGCUCUCUCUGCUGGCUGGAAGUCACCGAGGACUUCCAGGUGGAGCGCACUGAGCUCACGUGCUAUCAGAGGAAUGAAUCUCCACAGUGCAUUGCAUGGCACAGUGUGGACAAGCCCUUUGCUGUGGGCUACCCUGAUGGGAAGAUCCUGCUGGGCACAGUGCAAUGCUGUGAAUCGGAGCAGCCCCUCAUACUGACUGCCUUUCCUGAUGGCGUGAGCAGCCUGAGGUGGGACCCCACCGGUCACUUGUUCUUGUCUACAAGCCGCUCAGAGGUAGUGAAGAUCUGGGGCCGCAUGGGGAGCACUUGGCUCACUCUCCACUCGCUCUUCCACACUGGCAGUGUCAACACUGCUGAGUGGUGCUCCCUCCCUGGGAGAGGCCCGGACCCCCGGCUUAUGAUGGCCGUCGGAUGUCAAAAUGGACAAGUGUAUGUGUGGACUUUACCACAAGGAGGCACCACAGUAUCAAUACCAAACUUAUUGAGCACUUCUUCCAACCAGGAGAGGAUCACUGAUGUGAAGCGUGGGGCUGCAAAGUGUGUCUUCAGACUGAAUGGCCACAUCACUGCAGUGAAGACUCUGUCUUUCAGUCCCAAUGGGAUGGCCCUCUUAUCUGGGGGGAUUGGUGGGCUUCUCAACAUCUGGUCACUGCAAGACGGAUCAGUCCUGCAGACAGUGGUGACAGGUCUGGGAUCUGUGGUCAGUACUGCAUGGAUACCAGAUGUGGGUGUCGCUGCCUGUUCUGGUAGAUCGAAGGAUGUGUUGCUGAUCCGCUGCUGCCCAGACUGGAUUUCCCAGAACCAUGUCCUUGCCUCCUGUCGCAUGGUCCUCAGAACACAGGGGAUUGUGGGACUGAACAGGGCCCCCUGCAUGGCUGUCUUUUUAGAGAGACUACCGUCUCUCCUUCAGGAGCAGUUUAACUAUGAGAAGGGUCAUGUGAGUCGGGGUGACCAGCUGGUCCAUAGUGCCUUCCUGCAGAGCCUGGCCUCCCUUACUGUGGGCCUGUCCCUGGACCAGCUGCUGUGCCGCCGGCCCACUCCCCCCCACCAUAUCACCGCCGACUCGGAGCAAUGCCCCCCCGAUUGGGGCUUCUUGUGCACCUUCUCCACAACUGUUAAGAGUGCUGAAGCUCUGGCCAGAGGAACCGUAUUCCCAGAGUCCUUCACUGUUCCCGAGUUCCAGCAGACUGGGAUGACCGAGACCCCCAGACCCCUGGAUAACGGUAAAUGGAGCUUCAUGAUGGAUGAACAACUCAUGUCUUGGGCCACAUCCAGACCUGAGGACUGGCAGCAGGGGGGAAAGAGCGAAGUGUUCCUGUGGGGCAGCGGGCGGCACGGGCAGCUGGCAGACGUAGGGACCAGCGUGACUGUGCCCACCCUGGCGCAGUCCCUGUGCCAGACGCAGCAGGUUGUCUGCGGGCAGAACUGCACGUUCCUGGUGCAAGCCAACGGGACUGUGAUGGCUGUAGGAGAGGGCAGCUAUGGGAGACUGGGCCAGGGCAACUCAGAUGACCUAUAUACCCCCACUGUCAUCUCUGCCUUGCAAGGCUAUGUGGUGACACAGCUGGUGACCUCCUGCGGGUCAGAUGGCCACUCACUGGCCCUUACUGAAACCGGGGAGGUGUUCAGCUGGGGGGAUGGGGACUACGGGAAACUGGGCCAUGGCAACACCGAGCGACAGAGAAGGCCCAAGCAAAUAGAGGCAUUGCAAGGAGAGGAGGUGGUGCAGCUCGCCUGUGGAUUUAAGCAUUCGGCGGUGGUCACUGCAGAUGGGAAGCUUUUCACAUUUGGGAGUGGAGAUUAUGGUCGUUUGGGUCAAAGGUCAACGUCUAACAAACUCCUCCCAGAAAGGGUAAUGGCCUUGGAAGGCUACAGUGUAGGACAGGUUUCCUGCGGCGUCAACCAUACCCUAGUGCUGUCCUCAGACGGCAUGACCAUCUGGGCCUUCGGAGAUGGGGAUUAUGGGAAACUUGGCACUGGUCCUUGCACUGUAAAAUGCUAUCCUCAGAAAGUGGAGGGCAUUUGCAACAAGGGCAUAAAGAGAGUAGCUUGUGGCACUCAGUUUUCCGUUGCCCUGGCGAUGGAUGGACACGUUUACACUUUUGGGCAAGAGAGACUCAUAGGACUCCCAGAUUCAAUGCUGAAGAACCACAACCGUCCUCAGGUGGUGCCCGCCCUGGAGGGUGUGUUUGUGGAGGACAUUGCCGUGGGCUCCGAGCACGUCUUGGCCUUGUCCUCCACUGGAGACGUCUACGCGUGGGGCUGCAACUGCGAGGGACAGCUUGGUCUGGGUCACUCAAGCCCUGUGAAGGAGCCCAUGCUUGUCACUGCACUGCAGGGGAAGAAUAUUCGUCAGAUUUCAGCAGGACGGUGCCACAGUGCAGCCUGGACCACCCCUUCUUCAUCCUCUAAAGGCCCAGGUGCUUCUUUAAGCCACCAGCUGGGUUUGCCUCAGUCUGUACCCCCCCAGUACAACGCUCUGAAAGACUGUAGUCCUGAUGUCCUGAGCACACGCCUUAGAGUGCUCUACCACUUCUCUGAUCUGAUGUACAAGUCCUGGAGACUGUUCAACCUCAACCCCAGGAGCCAGGUGGCAGUCUCACGCUACAGCUUGGGGACAUCUGCUGUCAUACAGGGGCAGCUCAGAGGCCUCCUGUCCCCAAAAGUGAAUACCCUGCCUCUGGUCAGGUCAAUUGGAAGAACCAUGACGCAGGGCAAGACCUACGGACCUCAGAUUACUGUUAAGAGGAUAUCCACCAGGGGGCGCUCCAGUAAGCCCAUCUUUGUGCAGAUCGCCAGGCAGGUGGUGAACCUGAACCCAAUGGAGCUCCGGUUGCCAUCUCGCGCAUGGAAGGUGAAACUGGUUGGGGAAGGGGCAGAUGAUGCAGGCGGGGUCUUUGAUGACACCAUUACAGAGAUGUGCCAGGAGUUGCAGACGGGGGUUGUGGAUCUGCUCAUUCACACCCCAAACCGGUCGGCUGAUGUGGGCAGCAACACAGACAGAUUCCUGCUAAACCCAGCAGCGGUCUCAGAAGAACACAUGGUCCAGUUCCGGUUUCUGGGGAUAUUGAUGGCGGUGGCAAUUCGCACCAAGAAGCCGUUAGACCUCCACCUGGCACCAUGGGUGUGGAAGCAACUGUGCUCCAUCCCUCUGAGUGCCCAGGACCUUGAGGAGGUGGACCUCCUCACCUACCGUUCCUUGCAAGGCAUUCUCCAUCUAGACAACAGUGGCAUCACUGAGGAGAACUUCCCAGUGAUGAUUCCUCUCGACUCCUUUACAGCACACAGUGCUGAUGGGAGGCUGGUGUCAGUGGUCCCAGGGGGGCACAACAUCCCUUUGACAUUUGCCAACAGGACCGAGUAUGUGGAGCGUGCUCUGGAAUACAGGCUGCAUGAAAUGGAUCGGCAGGUGAUGGCGGUGCGAGAGGGCAUGUCUUCCAUCAUCCCCGUGCCCUUGCUUUCCCUCCUUACCGCCAAGCAGCUGGAGCAGCUGGUGUGCGGGCUACCCGAGGUGUCCGUGGAGAUGCUAAAGAAGGUUGUACGCUACCGUGACAUCACAGAGAACCACCAGCUGAUUGGCUGGCUGUGGCAGAGCCUAGAAGAGUUCACCAAUGAGGAGCGGGUGCUUUUCUUGCGCUUUGUCUCGGGUCGUUCCAGACUGCCAUCUAACCCUGCAGACAUCACUCAGAAGUUCCAGAUAAUCAAGGUCGAUAGGCCCAUCAAUGGCCUUCCUACCGCCCAGACUUGCUUCUUCCAGUUGCGAUUACCACCCUACACCAGCCAGGCAGUCCUAGCUGAGCGCCUGCGUUAUUCUAUUCACAACUGUCCCUCCAUUGACAUGGACAACUACAUGCUGUCACGCAACACAGAUCCCGUGGAAGGCUCUGACACAGAGUACUGAGAAAACAUUAGCUCUCAGUGACUGAAAUUACUUGAAAGCACAAGUAUUUAUUGCUGUUUUUUUAAAUGUUUUUUUUUCUUCUUUCUUUCUAAUGGUGCAAUAUUGCUUCCUCUGGACAUUUGCAGCUGGUGACAGAUGUAGAUCCUAAACCAGCUUUAUUGCUGAAUACUAAUGUCCUGUAUUCUACCCAGUGUAGGUUUAUCAAUUACCAUAACAUUAAAAAAGUUUUUUUUUUUUUUUUCUCCUUCAUUUGCAGUGUGUUCGCAUGGAACUAAAUAGUUCUUAUUAAACUGUUUGUUAAUGGAAAGGAUGAAUCAUACUGUUUAGUGGAACAUCAUGAAAUAAACUGCCUUAUUGGCAAGAUUCUGCAUCUAAACACAUGGGACGUUGGGAUCAGUAAAUAAUAUCGUAAUCAAUGAUUUUGAGGGGUGUAUAUUGUGUGUGGGGGGGAAAAAAGCUAGCAAGAGUACAUUCUGGUGGGAGUCGUAACUUCACAGGCAGCUUCAUACUUUUUCUGGGUUACGCUUCUAAAGCUUUGUGUGCAACACUGUAUUUGGUUUUUGGGGUACAAUAGAAGGUGCUAAAUAAGAAUAUCUGCUGCCGGUAGAAAUUUCUUUUCCCAGUUAAGUAUUUUUAGUGAGGACAUUUGUCCAGAACAUGCUAUACCUUUGAUGAAUGUAUACCCUCAAAUGCCAUGCACAUGUCCAUUCUGAGCUUUUUAAUUUGCCAAAAAUGGUACUACUUUGUCUUAAGUUAAUAUGCGUAAUUUGCUACAAUUGUGAACAGAGUAGUGUGCAUAUCAUGCUUUCCCCUUUUUGAAAUAAAAGGGUGCUGAUGCUUUUUAAACAGGAGCAAAGCUGUCUGUAUAGGUCGUUCUUGUGGAAAAACAUAAUUUGCUAUAUUUGUUUCUCUCAAAAUAUAUAAAUAUAUAUAAAGGUUUACGAAACAUUCUGGAGAAGCAACAAACCAACUUCUUCAGCAAUAAUGGUUGGUAUUGUGAGACAGAUUGCAUAGCAUUUUCAUGAGUCAUUGGCAGUGAUGCUCACAAGCAUUGAUGUUUUGUCUCAUUACAAGAACAUGAAAACAUGAAGAUGCUACACUUGAACUUUUGGUUUUUCUGUUACUGAACUGCACUGGGAAUUACACCACAAGCAGUACUGCAGAUGGCAUGGUUGUUAUGUAUGCACUUUAGACAUUACGCCUUGUUUAUUAACAAGUGAUUGUCUAAUAAACGGUUUUGGACAAAAAUACUAUAUGCAUAUUAACAAUGUGAAGAACGGUGUUAUAUUAAAAUAAAAAAAAUGUGUUUCAACAGG